AUGUCCCUUCAACCUACCAAUCGCCCAAUCGACCGUGAAAACACAGCACCUUUCCUCCUCCGAGUCUUCUGGAAGCAGAAUCGGGAGCACAUAGCGUCCGACUUCUCUGUAGCACCACCAGCAGAUACCUCGGGCAUCAGCGACUAUUCAUCACUCUUACCUUCACAAAUACGGCAACAAAACACGCGGGCCGAAGUCCGGGAAGGUGGAAGAGGGAAAUGGAUUGAUAAACCUCUCGGCAACGUCGUUAUCGGUGGCAACGAGGCGCAGAUGAACGGGGACGACGAGGAUGCAGACGCGAACACACAUAACCUCGAAGGUGACUCGACCAAAUCUUUGGGCGACGCAAGAUUCGUGAUUGGAGACUACGUGGUUUGCAGUAUCUACACACCGGGGCAGGAUGGCCGGGUAGCACCUUUGCCACCUCCUUCGAGGGGCGGAGCACCUUUCGGUGGGCGAGGGCCACCGCCGCCGAGAGAGAAUGGAUUUAGCGGUGGGUAUGGAGGUGGAAGAGGUGGUGGAGGGUUUCGUGGAGGAUAUGCUGGUGGGAGAGGCGGUGCGUUUGGCGCGGCACCACCAAUGGGCGAUUGGAGGAGAGGAGAGAGACCGCCUCCGCCUUCGUCGGGUUAUGGUGGUGGGUAUGGUCGUGGGAGGGGUGGGGAUAGGCAGUUUUAG